UUCUGUGCCAAUCCAAAGCGUUCCAAAGUCGUCAGAUGUAUGAUUGAGCGAGAAGUCGCGUUGACAAUUCUAACCUAGGCAAAGAGUAUCGUGUUUUCAUCGUUGAUUUAUUCUCAAAUUCUUUUGGAUAUCAACGUGAAUAUGAGUAGGUGUUGAAAAAUUUCUGAUAUCGACGUGUUGCUUCAAGUCGUUCAAGAUGAAAAUCGUUGUGAAAAUACUUCAGGACAGAGAGUGCGUCAUUGACAUAAUGCCAACAGAUACGGUACUAGAAUUGAAACGUAGAGUUAGCGAAUCUUUAGGUGUUGCUGUUCCAAAUCAGAAAUUGAUGCACACAGGAAAACCCCUUGCAGACGACAAACUCCUCAGCUUUUACCCAACGAUAAAAGAGGGUAGCAAAUUAAACCUGUUCAUAAAAAAGCAUCAAAAUGAGGAGAGAACUUCACAGACAGAUGCAGGAAUCCAGUUAUUCAGGAGUGAGAUGGCAAGGGUUCUGAGGCUUUAUUAUACUGAGUCAGAAACCCAAUCAAUAGUUAAUGAGUUCAUGAAAGACUUGAAAAAAAAAGUAGAUAGCUUAAGUUACGAUGACUUAGAGAGAUUAGCUACAGCGUUGAUUCAGGAUCAAGAAAACAUAGCUUGACACACUAAUUGAUUCAACCUCGUAUGAAACAAAAGCAACAAAGAAAUGGUGGUUAUUGAUUUUCAAUAAAACUCAUGUCAACCAACGCUUUUUCAUUCAAAUAUGAUAGGACCGUUACCAUGGUACGCAUUUGUGAGCUAUUCCUUUGUACAUCAGUGAUUUGAUUUUUUUUAUCACUAUUUGAAAAAGUUACAAAUGAAGAUUACCUAAUAUUUCAUGAAGUAAGUUGAUGAAUUAGAAAAUAUAAUGUUGAAACUAGAAUUCUCGUGAUGUGGCCUGGUGAUCAAUUAAAACAUGAAUUUCAAUUGUCUUUUCUGUUUAGUGAAGAAAUAAAACUUGUUAUGUUAAAAUCGUAAA